GUGAUCUAAUUCAACCAAUAGAGCAGACUAAUAGAGGCAGUAUGGUCUUUGACCUUAGCCUGUUCCAUGCGGACGAACCUAAACAAAAAAAAACAACCAAUAGAGCAUAACAUAACAUUUAACAUAACCUUAAAUUGACAAAACUAAGGUGCAAAAGUAAAGAAAUGCAAUUGAAACGAAAAAUAAAACUAAUAGCACAUUAAGAUAAUUUUGAAGAAUAAAAGCUCUGGUAGGGCCGAGUAAAACUAUGGCUGCUUCCAAUUUGAAAUUGUUAUGCAGUAGUUUUGGCAGGCUGAGUGUGGGUAAAAUAAUAACUAGGUCAAAUGCUUUUUAUAAGCCACCUAGGUAUAGACCCCCAUAUUGGUUUGCACCAAAGGAACGUGUGAUGUCUGAAGAUCAAGUUACCCAAGAAAAUAAACAAUUUCUGGAAGAAGUUUUGAAGGACAGACUUAAAAUUCAAACUGAAAAGGAAUCUCCAUUAGCUCAAGUUGACACACAGGUAGUUGGGCAUUGGACUCCCCGGACCAGAAGAGUUGGAUUAAUUGCUCGUAAAAUUGGAAACUACCCAGUCUGGGACAAAAAUGGCAAGAAGUUAUUGACUACUUUGUUACAGGUGGUUGAUAAUCAUGUUAUAAAAUAUAUCCCUCCUGCGGAGUUUAAACCUCAGAUAAUGAAGAAUAUGAAAUGGCGGGAAAAGCAAAAUAUGGGUUGUAUCCUAGUUGGCUCAGAAACUGUUGAUCCCAGUACCUUAAGAAAAGAAUAUUGUGGUAUAUUUGAUAGUGUUGGAAUGCUGCCAAAAAAACAUUUAUGCAGAUUCAUAGUGUCUCCUGAAGCUGCAAUAACUACUGGCACUCCACUUUUUGCUACUCAUUUCAGAGUUGGAGAUCAUAUUGAUGUUAGAGCAAAAACCAUGGACAGAGGAUUUCAAGGUGUUAUGAAACGUUGGGGAUUCAAAGGUAUGCCAGCAUCACAUGGCGUAACCAAGACUCAUAGAAGACCAGGUAAUAUUGGUGCUGGUGGAGAAAAGGCACGAGUGUGGCCUGGUACCAAAAUGCCUGGACACAUGGGAAAUAGGUGGAGAACAUUACGCGGGGUAAAGAUUCUUCGCAUUAACACAAAACAUAAUGUAAUUUGGACUUUAGGUGUAGCUAUUCCUGGAGAAACUGGGGCUUUAUGUUAUUUGUAUGAUACUAUUCUGCCUUUGAAGAAGUUAAAAACUGCACCACCAUUUCCUACACACCCACCUGCAGAUGAUCUACCUUUAGAAUAUUAUGAUGAAGACAUUCAUCCCUUUGAAGGAGAAACAAUAUCCUUUGAAGAUGUGUGAAUCUAAGUUUAUUUAUACUGGAAAUAGUAAUACUAAUUAAAGAAAGGGAAGAAGUAGAA